ACCAUCAGUGACAGAAUGAGUGACAUUGGUGCGUGGUUUAAUAACAUACCCCCGCUGACCACUUGGUUCGGGGGUACGAUUGGCUUAUCACUACUUGGUCGAUUUCGGCUAAUCAACCCUCGUUGGGUAAUUUUGACCUUUGAAAUCUUUCAGAGUUUUCAGUUAUGGAGGCCUGUGACGGCAUUGUUUUACUACCCCAUAACCCCACAGACGGGCUUUCAUUUUCUUCUUAACUGCUAUUUCCUGUAUAACUACUCUCUCAGGUUAGAAACAGGUAUAUUUUCUGGGAGACCAGCUGACUACCUCUUCAUGCUGUUGUUUACCUGGAUCUGUUGUGUGAUUGUGGGACUGCUGGGAGAAAUGUUCUACUUGAUGGAUCCCAUGGUAAUGGUUGUCCUCUACGUUUGGUGUCAGCUCAAUAAAGACACUAUAGUAACCUUUUGGUUUGGCACACAGUUCAAAGCCAUGUAUCUGCCCUGGGUCCUCACAAUAUUCAACAUGAUCAUUCUUGGAGGAGGUAUGAUGGAGCUAGUGGGAAUCCUUGUUGGACAUCUAUACUUCUUCCUUACCUUUAAGUAUCCACAAGACUUUGGUGGAGCCACACUUUUGCAAACCCCUCAGAUAUUGUAUGACUACUUUCCAAAUCAGCGUGGAGCUGUUUCAGGGUUUGGGCGUGCACCUUCUGCUCCUAGAGGUGGUGGUGGAGGUGGAGGAGGUGGGGGUGGAGGAGGAGGAGGAGGAGGAGGUGGUGGAGGAGUUUUUCGUGGUCAGGGACACACACUUGGCUGAAAACUGUUUUCUUUAUUUUAUUAUUAAUUUUAACAAUUAUGUUUUCCUUAAUUUGGCCAAAUUAGUAAGUGCAAAGAUGAAAGAACAUAGCAUAAAACCUGAUUUUUCAUUUCAGAGUAAAAAUUGAGCUUUAAUCUCCAUGUUAAGAAUGUUUAAUAAGAACAGAGAUGCAAGUUUCCUAACUCCCAAGUGAAGCCAAGGUAACAAGGUACAAAUGUACAUGUUUAAUUUGUGGAUAUGUAUCUUACAAGUAAAGUCAUUGUAUACAUUAAGCAUGUGCACGUUUACAUUGUAAACAUGUACGUUUAAUGUGUGAGCAUGUAUCUAACAAGUGAAGUCAUCGUUUUCAGCUGGUGGGUACCUGCUGAAAUACCAUAGCUUGAAAGGAUAUUUGUUUGUUACAAUUACAGAGUUCAUUUAAUAGGAUUAAUAGUUUAAUUUUUUCAUAAGUAUUCCUUGAAACUUCAGAAUCUUUUAUCUCAAUAUGCAGGUUCUGAUUUCUGUAUGCAUAGUGGAGGAAUAAUACUUUUUGUAGAUAAUUUUUACACUAUAUAGUAUUAGACAUUCUUUGUAAUGCAUCAGGAAUUGUGUGUUCUUGAAGGAUAUAUAUCCCUGUUUUUGAAAGUUAACUGGCAUACCAUUUUCUUUAAGUGAAAGGAACAUAUUGUAUUAACCUUGCAUUUGAAAUUAGAAUUUAAUAUAUACAGUGGAACUUUGACUUACGAGUGUCCUGACGUACAAGUUUUUUGAGAUACGAGCCAUCCCUGGGUUGAUAUUGUGCUCUGAGUUACGAGCCAGCUCCCCCCCCUCUUCCCCCUCAACGCAAAACCUGGACAACUCGCUUGUUUAUCUAUGAUUUCAUGCUUUAAUUCCAUGGAAAUCAUUCUCUUUUUCUUCUCAGCACUGUUCUUUACACUUACUUUCUUAAGACCCAUGCUUAGAAAAACGAAAUUUGGCCAGAUGACUGUUAAAAAUGUAAGCAAAAUAGGAGAGAACUGCUCCCACAGCGAGGUAAACAAUGCACUGAGUUGCCAGCAUUCGUUAUUAUAAUAAAAAUAAUAAUAAUUCCCUGAUUCAGGGAAACCGGUUAUGUUCAUAUAGUCGGACUUGAGUCCUGGAAAUGGGAAGUACAAUGCCUGCACUUUAAAGGAGGGGUUUGGGAUAUUGGCAGUUUGGAGGGAUAUGUUGUGUAUCUUUAUACGUAUAUGCUUCUAAGCUGUUGUAUUCUGAGCACCUCUGCAAAAGCAGUGAUAAUGUGUGAGUGUGGUGAAAGUGUUGAAUGAUGAUGAAAGUAUUUUCUUUUUGGGGAUUUUCUUUCUUUUUUGGGUCACCCUGCCUCGGUGGGAGACGGCCGACUUGUUGAAAAAAAAAAAAUAAUAUUAUUAUUGUUAGUACAGUGGACCCCCGGUUUACGAUCAGCUCCCAAUGCGACCAAUUAUGUAAGUGUAUUUAUGUAAGUGCUUUUGUAUGUGUAUGAUUGGGGGUCUGAAAUGGACUAAUCUAAUUCACAAUAUUCCUUAUGGGAACAAAUUCGGUCAGUACUGGCACCUGAACAUACUUCUGGAAUGAAAUAAUAUCGUAAACCGGGGGUCCACUGUAUUAUUAUUAUUAUUAUUAUUAUUAUUAAGUAACUAGAGCACAGAUCCAAUUCCCUAGAUCAAGAGCCCCUCAUCAGCAUCAAGGUUCCUUGAUGUUGGUGAGGGGCUCUUGAUCUUGGGAAUUGGAUCUGUACUCCAGUUCCCUAAAUUAAUAAUAAUAAUAACGAUAGAGCUUCAUUUCCCUAAAUUAUUAAUAAUAAUUAUUCUUCUUUUCAACAAACCGGCCGUAUCCCACCGAGGCAGGGUGGCCCAAAAAGAAAAACAAAAGUUUCUCUUUUUAAAUUUAGUAAUUUAUACAGGAGAAGGGGUCACUAGCCCCUUGCUCCCGGCAUUUUAGUCGCCUCUUACAACACGCAUGGCUGACGGAGGAAGAAUUCUGCUCCACUUCCACAUGGAGGAAUAAUAAUAAUAUAAUAAUAAUAUUAGUCAAGUCACUCGGUAAGUCGGUCAUGUCAUUCAGUAAGUCAGUCACACAAACUCAUGCUUACCUCUUUUUCUGUGUACAAAGUAACACUUCAUUAUGGCUACAGGUUAUCUCUUGUCUAAUAUCUUUGUUCUUUGUUAAUUCUAAGACUUAAGUGCUUAUACCUCUCCAUGCCACUUUCAGCAACACUGGUAUAGCUACUGGGUGUCAUGAUUCUUGGCAGAUACAAGAUAUAGUAAUUAAAAUAUAACACAAUUCACAAAUAUAGCGGCCUUGUAGCAGAGAAAGACCGGACUGGACACGUAUGAAUUACGAACGCUGGGAUGGUGGGGUGGUGUCAGGGAAUGGCAGGGGAUGGCGGGAGGGCUCCCCAGCUGCUACACAACAAGGCAGCUGCUUGAGCAAAAGAGAAUUUUUGUUUUUCAUUCCCACAAACUGAACCAUGUUAAAUUAAUUAUACGACGUGUUGCAUAAAAUUUUGCUGCAAUUCUUCAGUUGCGGUCUACUGUUUUAUUAUAACAACGAUAGAGCUUCAGUUCCCUUAAUUAAUAAUAAUAAUAUUUUUUUUUUUUUUCAACAAGUCGGCCGUCUCCCACCGAGGCAGGGUGACCCAAAAAAGAAAGAAAAUCUCCAAAAAGAAAAUACUUUCAUCAUCAUUCAACACUUUCACCACACUCGCACAUUAUCACUGUUUUUGCAGAGGUGCUCACUGCUCACACUCCAACAGAUCGUCAGGUCCCAAGUACCAUUCGUCUCCAUUCACUCCUAUCUAACACGCUCACGCACGCUUGCUGGAAGUCCAAGCCCCUUGCCCACAAAACCUCCUUUACCCUCUCUCUCCAACCCUUUCGAGGACGACCCCUACCCCUCCUUCCUUCCCCUAUAGAUUUAUAUGCUUUCCAUGUCAUUCUACUUUGAUCCAUUCUCUCUAAAUGACCAAACCACCUCAACAACCCCUCUUCUGCCCUCUGACUACUUCUUUUAUUAACUCCACACCUUUUCCUAAUUUCCACACUCCGAAUUUUCUGCAUAAUAUUUACACCACACAUUGCCCUUAAACAGGACAUCUCCACUGCCUCCAACCGUCUCCUCGCUGCUGCAUUUACCACCCAAGCUUCACACCCAUAUAAGAGUGUUGGUACUACUGUACUUUCAUACGUUCCCUUCUUUGCCUCCAUAGAUAACGUUUUUUGACUCCACAUAUACCUCAACGCACCACUCACCUUUUUUCCCUCAUCAAUUCUAUGAUUAAUUAAUAAUAAUUAUAAUAAUAAUAGAGCUUCAGUUUCCUAAAUUAAUAACACCAAUAAUAAUUAUAAUAGUUAUUUUUAUAUAGCCGGACUUGAGUCCUGGAAAUGGGAAGUGCAAUGCCUGCACUCUAAAGGAGGGGUUUGGGAUAUUAGCGGUUUGGAGGGAUAUGUUGUGUAUCUUUAUGCGUAUAUGCUUCUAAACUGUUGUGUUCUGAGCACCUCUGCAAAAACAGUGAUUAUGUGUGAGUGAGGUGACAGUGUUGAAUGAUGAUGAAAGUAUUUUCUUUUUGGGGAUUUUCUUUCUUUUUGGGUCACCCUGCCUCAGUUUUACCUUCAUUGAAGACUCUUGUCGGCAUAUGAGAGAGGUAGGAGAGUUUGAUUGGAGGCAAGACAAGAUAGUCCUUCAAUAUGACACUAAUAUCAACUCUGCAGCUUAUUUAUCUAUCACAAUUUAUCUAAUAUGACAUAAUAAACAAUAAUAAUAACAUAGAUACAUGACAUACGGUACUCUAGAAUGAAUAAAAUACAUCAUUACGUAUGUCACGAGAAGUGUUGUGUUGUUGUUGGGUGUAUAAGGGUCACUGAGAGCAUAAGUAUAAGCGGCAGCAGAGGCGGCGGUGUUUUCAGUCACCCUAAACAUAUACAUCAAACAGCAAUGGAGGAGUUAAGUUUCGUGUUGUCAUUUUUCUAUCGCUUAAUCGCUUAACUUACUUGCUACACUGUUAAUUCUACACUUUAUCACUGGCUGGCGCUAUAGCCUUUAUCGACUCGUGCUGCCUUAGUAUCAUACAUAUCGUAGAAUCACUGAAGAAGGCAUUUCUCCCUUCUCUCUUCCUCCUCCACUUUGGUACUUUGCUACAAUUUCUUUCUUCAAUUCUAUCAUGUUUCUCACUUUCUUUACCAAAGGGCUGCCACUAGAAAGUUAUGAAUUUAUUGUGAAAUGUUUGGAUGAGCGUGCAGGGUAAUAUUCACUCAAGGAUAAACAAAGCUAAACUGGCUCACGACGCCUGCACAGGUAGGCGCGCAGGAGUGGGCAGGCUGACAGGUCUGGUAUAGCCGGCCGAAACACGGGGCACAGGGCAAAACUCGGGACAAAACUUACCCGAAAAAAGCAGUCUAAACUCAAAGCAGCCGAAACUCAGGGUUCCACUGUAGAAUAGCCCAUGAGUAACUGGGAUUUGAACCCACAUCUACCUGAAUUCUACUUACAAAUCUUAGUUGUUUCUGUGUGCUAGGUGCUAUACAAAUUAAAGUUGUUUUUAGAUUGCUAGGCACAAAUCACUGGUGUGUUAGGACUGUUGCCUUUUCUUUUCCUACAUGCAGACAAAAUCUUCAUUAUGGUGCCCUAGGAGUGACAGCAGGGAUUAGAAUUCAUCUGCUGACUGCCAAAUGGCUGCAGGUCACAUAAACAGCAACUGUGGAGGUUCCCCAGGUAUUCUGCCAGUAUUUUAUGUAAUUUCUUUAAAACUGGAUUUGACCUGUUGUAAGCAUGACACUGUGUAAUGCAUUUUGGCCAACAUUCUGCAUAAUAUGAUAUCAUAACUGACAGAGAUUCAUUUUGAAUUAAGUCUCCAAAGUGUUGAUAAUUUAUGAACUGUUUCAUCCACAGUAUUGUGACU